AUGGUUCAACAACCUGAUUGGAUGGAUAUUGAUGAUAGUGUCAACAUGUAUAAUGAGCAGCCUAAUAUUGAGGGGAGCUGCGUGACGGAGACGACAGAUAUACCCAUGGAAAUUUUUUUGAAGAUGGUUACAGAGAGGGGAAGGGAUUUUUUAUCUCACAAAAGGAAAGUGAAGCGCCACAUAGUGGCAACAAUAGAGGAUGACGGUGAUUAUGUCAACGAAAGCGAUACAAGGAAGCAAUUUGCAACGAAGUCACAACAAGCAGAGAGCGGAGGGAGCAGUGAGUUAAGCACAGAGGAGGUAGGGAAGAUGGAGAUGUCGUAUCAGUACUUCCCAAGUGUGAAAAUCCCAGAAGUGAAAGAUGAUUACUUAAAAUUUGAGCCACGGAACACAGACGCGAACAUCGUGAAUGCCCUGUUGCGAGUGAUGAUGGCAGAGGUGCCGAUGAUCGCUGUAGACCUGGUGGAAUUCGGGAAAAAUUCAUCGGUGCUCAAUGAUGAAUUCAUUUCACAAAAGCUAGGCCUUAUCCCGCUCACCUCCAAGCACGCAAUCGAGAUGAGUUUCUUGUGUGACUGCGACAGGGGUGAUGGCGAUGCACAGUGCGAGCUCUACUCUCCAUGUGCUUUGGUGGAAUUCAAAACAAACGGUACAGGCUGCUAUUUUAACCAGAAAAGGCGACCAGAAAGUGUAGGACCUGCGACUGAUUUUGAGGAUCACAUGAGCCCUGUCACAGAGAACAUGAUGCGUGUUGUUGACCCCGUCAUGACUGAUACUUGA